AUGUGGCGUGUACACAUCAUAGCACUAAAAUUAACAAAAACUACCCCUCUAAUAAACUUAAGCAAACAAGCAAGUGUUUUUCGACUACUGACUUCACAGGCUAACUGCAGUGUUUUUCUCUCCGUGCACGUCACAGCACCACGAUACAUGUCAAGUGAACCGAAGAGACUCUGCACUGACAACAUGACCAUUAAAAAGAUCGGAACCCACAACGGAACCUUCCACUGUGAUGAAGUUCUGGCCUGUUUCUUCCUCCGUCAGCUACCUGAGUACAAGGAUGCAGAGAUCAUUCGGACCAGGGACCCGACACAGCUGGCAGAGUGCGACAUCGUUGUGGACGUGGGGGGAGAGUUUGACCCAAAGAGGCAUCGCUAUGACCAUCAUCAGAGGACCUUUGCAGAGAGCUUCCACAGCCUGUGUCCAGAGAAGCCAUGGGUGACCAAGCUCAGCUCAGCCGGCCUGGUCUACCUGCACUUCGGUCGUCAGCUGCUGGCCCAGCUGACGCAGCUGAAGGAGGGUGACAAGCAGCUGGAGGUGCUCUACGAUAAGCUGUAUGAGAACUUCGUGGAGGAGGUGGAUGCUGUAGACAACGGCAUUUCACAGUGUGAUGGGGAGGCCCGCUACUCUGUCUCCACCACGCUGAGCGCACGUGUCAGCCACCUGAACCCACGCUGGAACAGCAAGAAUCAGGACACUGAGGAGGGUUUCAAAAAGGCUAUGAAGAUGGUUGGGGAGGAGUUCCUGGACCGCCUGGAGUACUACCAGUCUGCCUGGUUACCAGCUCGUGCGGUGGUGGAGGAAGCUGUUAACAAGAGGCAUGAGGUAGAUCCCAGUGGGGAGGUGGUGUUGUUCUCCCAGGGCGGGUGUCCCUGGAAGGAGCAUCUGUUUGCCCUGGAGAAGGAGCUCAAGAUAGAGGCUCCCAUCAAGUUUGUCCUUUACCCCGACCAGAAUGGGCAGUGGAGGGUCCAGUGUGUCCCCGCCGGGCUCAACACCUUCCAGAACAGGCUGUCCCUGCUAGAAGAGUGGCGCGGCGUUCGAGAUGCAGCACUGUCAGAGCUCAGUGGGAUCGAGGGCUGCAUCUUUGUCCACGCUGGAGGCUUUAUUGGCGGGAACAAGAACCAGGAAGGAGCCCUGGAGAUGGCUCGGAGGACCCUGCAGGCUGCCGCUCAGGCCACAAACGGAAGCAGCUAAAGGGUCAGAGAGGAAAGCCAACAGCACAUUUUGUUCUCGGGGCGGGGGGGGGGGGCAGUCUUUAGAAAGGAUAGCAAGGAUUUAAAUCUUAGUUUUCUGUCUUGCAGCUUGUCCUUCCCAGUCAGGGCUAAUGUUGUUCUGUUCUACCUCGCCAUGAUGGUGACGGUAUGGAAAUGGCAGCCAGGUAACCUUGGACCACUUCCCCUAAUAUGUAUAUUCCAACACAGGCUCGUUAUUCUUCUUCUCUGUUUUCUCAUAAAUGUGGGUCUGUUUGUUGUUCAUUUGCAAUAAAAUACUAUUUGGAUUAAAUUUUGUAAACAUUUCAUGAGGAUAAAUCCAUUAUUAAAGUGACUGAUUUUCCAA